AUGACAAAUCGUUUUUGGAUGUCUAUCAUUUUGAUGACAUUAAUCAUUGCGGCAUUUCUGAGAGAAACAGAAAGUUCCGAAGAAAAAAUAGUUGGCCUCGAGGAAUUUCUUACCGAACUGGAUCCAAGUUUAAGUGAUAUCAUUCUCGAACUAUUGGAAGCACAACAGUUACCAACUAACAAGGCUAACCGGAUGAUGAGACGGAUAAUGCGUAAACUUCCAGCUGAGACAUUGGAACAACUUUUUGAAGUAUACAAAGACACUAGAAAACCGUGA